AGCCCCGGGCGAGGAUCAGAUACCUUCUUCAAGAACCUUCUUAAUCUGCGAGAAUGCAGACUACAGUACAUACAAGGUCGUCUCAAAUUAACAAUCUUCAAGGCUCCAAUUCCCCCUACAAAUACGGGAGCCUGCCCGCCUUCUUGCUUCACCAGCUACCUACACUGCAAGAGGAAGCAAAGCAAUUUCCAAACCAAAUCAGUUUUUCACAGCAGAGUUCUGCAGCUAGCCGAUCGGCAAUGGCGACCAAGAUCUACAUCGUGUACUACUCGACAUGGGGACACGUCGCCACGCUCGCGGAGGAGAUCAAGAAAGGCGCCGACACCGUCCCCGGUGUCGAGGUCACCGUCUGGCGGGUGCCGGAGACGCUGCCGGAGGAGGUGCUGGGGAAGAUGCACGCGGCGCCGGGGCGCGAGGACCACCCAGUUAUAACGGCGUCCCAGCUGGCCGAGGCCGACGGCAUCCUGUUCGGCUUCCCGACGCGGUUCGGCAUGAUGGCGGCGCAGAUGAAAGCCUUCUUUGACUCCACCGGCGGCCUCUGGCAGGAGGGCUCCCUCGCCGGCAAGCCUGCGGGCAUCUUCCUCGCCACAGGUACGCAGGGUGGCGGCCAGGAGACCACGGCCCUCACGGCCAUCACGCAGCUGACGCACCACGGCAUGCUCUUCGUGCCCGUCGGCUACACGCACGGCGCCGGCAUGUUCGCCAUGGACGAGGUCAAGGGCGGCAGCCCGUACGGAUCCGGCACCUUCGCCGGCAAAGAUGGCGGCAGGACGCCCAGCGACGCCGAGCUCGCCUUGGCGGCGCACCAGGGGAAGUACUUCGCCGGCAUCGCCAAGAAGCUCAACGCCGUCUGAACUUGAACUGCUCGGGAUUGCACAACGUGUGUGGAUGAUUUCCAGUUGCACAAUUUGUUUAUUUAGCAAUUACUACACUCUUACUGGCUUUUAUAUCUUGUUUCGAAAGAAUAAUAAUGCACAUGGGUGAGUUCGGGUUCC